AUGGCCGCCCGCACGUCUGACGUGGGCGCCCUGGGGCCCUGGGCCCUGGGCUUCCUGUGGCUCCUGCUGGGACCCUACGCCUGGGUCUCAGCAGACAUCCCUGGAUCCUCCAGGAGCCCGGGGAUCUCCUUGAGCAGGAACGUGGCCUGUGGCCAGCGUGCUGUGCAGGGCAAGGUCGUGGGUGGACUUCCGGCCCCGGAAGGGAAGUGGCCGUGGCAAGUCAGCUUGCAUUACUCCGGCUUUCACACGUGCGGCGGCACCAUCCUCAACGAGUACUGGGUGCUGUCAGCCGCACACUGCUUCAGCAAGGACAAGGACAUCAAAGCCUUUGACGUAUAUGUGGGUAUCACCGACCUCAGCGGGGCCAGCAGGCACACCCAGUGGUUCGAAGUGAACCAGGUGAUCCUGAACCCCACCUACCAAUUGUUUCACCCCACCGGUGGAGACGUGGCACUGUUGCAACUGAAGAGCUCUAUCCUGUUCUCUGACUCGGUGCUCCCUGUCUGUCUGCCCCCUUACAACAUGAGCUUGGCCAACCUCUCUUGCUGGUCCACUGGAUGGGGACUAAUCUCACCGCAAGGCCAAACCACAGACUAUCUGCAGGAGGUCCAGUUGCCUCUUAUGCCCAGGGUGAUUUGUCAGAGACUCUACGGACAUGUAUCUUUCAUCCUGCCGGACAUGCUGUGUGCCUUAGACUUCAAGAAUGUGAAAAACGUGUGUGAGGGUGAUUCUGGGGGUCCUCUGGUGUGUGAACUGAACCAGACCUGGAUACAAAUUGGAAUCGUGAGCUGGGGUCGCGGGUGUGCCCAGCCCCUGUACCCUGGAGUAUAUGCCCGAGUCUCCCAUUUCAUGAAGUGGAUCCUUUAUAGCAUAGAAAACAUACCAGUUCCUUCUCAGCCAAUACCCUCCAUCUCCCCAUCCCCAGGAGCUGCCCUCCACAUCCUUGUGACUGUGCUGGCUGGCUUGCUGGGGGUGUGAGGGCUGAGACCCUUCCCUUGGGCUUCCUUGUGGCUCCUGCCCCAUUCCUAUCCCAUUCACUUCUUACCACCCCUACCCCAUACACACAGUGCCAUCAAUCUAGGACAGUGGUCCCAGAAUCUGGGCCUAUGAGGGGCCAAAAGAAGGGAGAAGGGUCAAGGGUGGACCAGAAAGACAGAGGGGG